GCUAAAUACACUAUCACCCCACACAAGUUCAUCUUUCGUCUAUUUUGUCGAAUCCAACUGCGUGAAUAUUAAUAUUGGAACGACGACACGAUUAUGAUGUAAAACGAUACGGUUCAAAACAAGUUCACAAUUGACUCAGUGCAGGUUCAUGAUCACUGAGAGGAGGCUAACUUCCUCCUCUCAGGCUAUACCCAUACAAAACCAUCGAGGCACGGUGGAACUUCCAAGGCGUCCUAAGUUCUACUACUCUGCGCCACUCUCACAUCCGAGAGCGUCCGAGUCUUGUCCGAGUCUAUUCUCAAUGAUUCAAGGCCCACGAAUAAGAUGAUGGCUGUCCAACACUGUCAACAGCUCUUUCCUUGUCGACAUGUCGUCACAGUGAUGCUUGCACCACGAAAACCCACCAGUUUGGUCGAAUUCGACCAAGUGCUAUGGGAUAUUCAAGAGAUAAUCGAAGACGAACGACAACUAAAGGAGCUGCUUGAAACUCGGGGUGACAGUGCUCAGGAAUGGCUUGAUAUAUUCCAGCUACUUGCUGAAUAUCCAAAUGUUUCAAAGAAUCUACAAUCCUCAAUAUUCAGAUUAAUGAUCCGCUUAUCCAGAAAAUCUGGUCUACACCCGCAGUGCCUCACGAUUUGGGGUGUACAAAAGCUGGGCAAUCACCCAAUUGGAGGAGGAGCUUUUGGGGAUGUAUGGAAAGGGAGGAUUGGGCAACAACUCGUGUGUAUGAAGGUAGUGCGGGCAUUCGAGACGUCUGAUGUGAAGCAGAUUCUGAAGGAUUAUAUGCAAGAAGCUAUUAUCUGGCGUCAGCUAAAUCACCCGAACUUGUUGCCUUUCAUGGGGAUCUAUUACUCGGACAUGGAACAGAAACAAUUGUGCCUUGUGUCUCCUUGGAUGGAAAAAGGAAACAUUGUCCAGUUCUUAAAGAAUACUUCUCCAGAUCUUGUCGAUCACGAUUUGCUGGCAUACGAUGUUGCUUGUGGUCUCUCGCAUCUACAUGAUAUGAAGAUCGUCCACGGUGAUCUUAAAGGAGUCAACAUAUUGAUUACUCCCGAUCUACGGGCAUGCAUCGGAGACUUUGGCCUAUCGCGCAUAUCCGCCACCCAACUAUGGCUUUCAGAAACGAGUCGUUCGAAGGGAACAAUGCGCUGGCUUUCACCCGAACUACUAAGACCUGGUCCAAGUUGCGUCCCUUCCAAGGAGAGCGACGUCUAUGCUUACGCUUGCGUGUGUUAUGAAAUUUUUACCGGACGGAUUCCCUUCUACGAAUUGCCUGAGGUAGCAAUUGUUUUUGAGGUCUUGAUAGAUAAGCACCAUCCAUCGCGCCCAAAGGACUGUGCGAGAUUGCGGCCCUCGAUGUGGGAUAUGAUGACGGGAUGCUGGAAUGAGGCACCAGUUUCUCGACCGACCAUGGCGGAUGUUUUGGUCCGGAUUAAUGAAAUGAAUGUGGAUCGUCUAUUGGAGCCCACGUCUGGCUGGAAUAACCCCGCCUUUACACGGAUAUGGAAUGACGCCAAGUAUCCCUCAGUCUCCCAAAAUCCUGAGGGUGAUUCAAGUCGAAAAUCAGAAUGGCAACGAGAUAAUGGUCAAGUAAGGGGACAUGAACUCGAUAACCCGCACGAACCGUGGGCUGGUAAGUGUUUAACAUUCGUUUAAUCCCUUUCCCCAUCACUGAUCUAUCUUUCUGCACGAGAUUUGCUUGCUUCUCACAAUCUAUUCGAUCCCCUUUUUGGAGAGAUCAUAAAUGAACCUUAUGAACAUCCCACUCCUUCGACGGAAAACGAUGGGACUGGCUUCCUGGUUUCUCCUUUUCCGAUAGGACAAGAGCAUCCUCUCUUCGAUCUCCGUAAGCCCAACAGCGCUCUCUCGGAUAUGGAACCCCUGGUAGAAGGUCAAUCAGCCCGUCCCGUCGGGUCUCUAGCCGUCACCUCACGUCGAAAAAAACCUCGAUUAUACACAUGCGAGCCAUGCGGAUCAACUUUUACAUCAAAUCACAAUUUUGCCUACCAUAUGCGUUCUCAUGAAGGUAUAAGGGCCUUUGGGUGCCCUACAUGUGGGAAAUACUUCAUGUCGCAGCGAGACCUUGCACGUCACAGCAUGCGCAAGCGCUGUGAAGGGAAACCGGGAACUGUAGCCGAUGGAAAAGUUGGUUAGAACCUUAUGCUCGCACUCGAUUGUUCUGUAUACGCAACACUCGGGGAAAGUCUGCACUAGUAAUGGCAGCUUGGACCUCGAUGGCACACGAAUAGCUUGAACGACCGCCUAGUAACCUCAAGUUCCUUAUAUUCUGAUUUUUUACCUUCUUGGGUGGUAUUAAGUACUGCAUCGACAGUCCUACCGUUUCGCAACGGCGCACCGCCAAUCAUCCCCAUGGAACCGCGAUGCUUGGUAUCGAGACCGUCC